UGCACGGCUCGGCGGAAAAAGCAAAAGCGCAUUCGGUUCGACAACGCAUAGAAAAACGCAGCCGCGCUCCAAUUCGGAUUUCGCUUCAGGUGUGCAGUUCAUAAGGCAUAAAAGAGACUUAAUGUCUGGAAAUAUUUUAAUAACCCACCAUUUCAACGAGAAGAUAGUCACUCCCGGAGAAGAUUUAAGUUUGCAGUGCACAGCGACUGCUGACAGGCCUCCAAGGUUCAUCUGGGAGAGAGAUGGUGUGGUUAUAUCUUCCAACACAGAUCAAAGGUACACGUUAGGUCAGAUGAUGUCCUCAUCAGGAGUUGGCGUGGUGUCACAGCUGAACAUAACCCGAUCCAGGGUGGAGGAUGGCGGGCUCUACUCUUGUAUAGCUCUGGAGGGGGAGGCUAAUACUGCACAUUCGGCAAGGUUGGAUGUUUAUGGUCCUCCUUACAUUAGAACUCUACCACCAAUCAAAGUGCAGAGCGGCGAAUCUCUGAAGUUGAGGUGUCCUUACUACGGUUACCCUAUAAGUAAACUAGAAUGGGAACAUAAAGGGAAGAAGGUCCUCACAUCAACUCUACCACAGCACGCUCGGUAUAAACGAUACACCACAUCAUCAGACAACAGUGAAACGACCCGACGAAGGCGGAAGAAACGGCAACUCUACGAGCCGGGAGAGGAUGCUGUCCUGAACAUCCCGAGGGUUCUGAAGGAGGAUAACGAUGAUGCUUACACUUGUAUCGUGUACAGUCCAUCGGGAGAGAUGGCUCGAAGGUCUUUUGAAAUCCAAGUGGUGGAAGCUCCAGAGCUUGAUGAGCUGCGAGUUGGUUCAGGGCUGAAAGAAGGUCAAAUAGUCCAAAUUACCUGUAAUAUCAUCAGCGGUGACCCACCCAUAUACUUCUCGUGGUUGAAAGAUGGGAAGAAGAUACCGCCUAGUCUGAAGAUAACAGAACGAAGUUCAGAGCUAUUCAGCGUGCUGAUAAUAAAGCGAGUGGCGCUGGAACACUGCGGCAAGUAUACUUGCAUAGCCACUAACCACGUGGGGAAAGUCAACCAGACUGCCGACCUUUAUAUAAAUGUGGCCCCGAAAUGGAUAGAAGAGCCAACCAACUCAUCUCUUCUUCUUGGCCAGCGUGGUGUUGUGUACUGUAAUGCGAACGGAUACCCUACACCCCAAAUACACUGGAUGAAAAGAGAUGCUACCCUCGGAAUUUGGAGGCCAGUUCUGGACUUAGCCGGUGGUGGGGUAGUGAGCUAUCCCAACGGUACCUUGAUCAUCGAGGUAGUCUCCCUAUCUGACGAGGGACAGUAUGCUUGCAACGUGGAGAAUGGAGUUGGAGAUGCUUUACAUAAUAACCUUUGGAUAAGUGUUAAUAAGCCUGUCCACUUUGACUCAAUUAGCUCUAAUCUGACUACGAAAGUUGGUCUGCCUGUCACCCUAUCCUGUCACCCACUAGGUGACAGUCCAAUUCGAGUGAAGUGGACUCUGGGGGGUAAGCCAGUGGAGUUUACAUCGUCUAGGGUUACAAUAUCAGAGACUCCGUCCCACAACGGGUUGACUAGUGUGAUCAAUAUUCACUAUGUGGAGAGCAGAGACGGAGGGACGUACGAGUGUAGGGCAAGCAAUCCGUACGGGGUGGCGGUGUAUAGCAUACGACUCAAUAUACUUGAACCACCAACCCCACCACUGGACUUGCAAGUGGAUUCAGUGACGAGCACGUCAGCGAAGCUCUCCUGGCGAGAUACCAUCAGCGCCCACGUUCAAUAUUACACCGUGCAGUAUACUACAAACGACUUUAUGCUGUGGGAUACUGCGAAGAACAUUAAUGUUACCAGACAAGACAGCGAAAUCCGACAGAGCGUAGAGCUGAGGGAGCUGUUACCGGCUGUGGAGUACAAAGUUCGAGUCUCGUCUGGUAACCAAGUCGACCUAAGUCCUUACACCCAGCCUGUCCACUUCACUACGCAACAAGAAGCUCCAUCAGCCACACCACUCGGAGUACAAGUACAGCAGACUGAUAACCCUGGGGAGCUCCUGGUGUCCUGGCUCCCACCACCAAGAGAGAACCACAAUGGUCACUUGCAAGGAUACCACGUUAAAGCCGUGCCUGGUGCAACCGGGGAGUUUAUAUCUGAUGACACGCACACAAAGAUGAUAAAAGUAGUAUCAAGGAAAGGGAAACACGAAACGACUCUAUCUGGACUCCUUAAAAAUAUGAGGUACGCAGUAUCAGUGAGUGCGUUUAACGCAGCUGGAAACGGGCCUUUUUCUGUUCCUGUAUACCAAGCUACUAGAGAAGGAGCACCAGAGCAGUCGCCAUCAGACGUGGAGUGCAGAGGAGUGUCCUCCACUUCCUUGAGAUUAGCGUGGCAACCGAUUACCGAAGGAGGGACAUCAUUGCUCGGAUACUCUGUUUAUUAUAGCACUGAAGAUGGUCCCUGGCAGAACAUCAGUUCUCCGCAUACCGAACUCUACCUGCAAGGCCUUUUGAAGUACACGAACUACACGGUGAAGAUAGCUGGCUACUCAAAUUAUGGUCUCGGACCAUUUUCAUAUCCAGUCUUAUGCACAACGUUACAGGAUGUUCCUGGACCACCAUCAGCCAUCAAAGUACUAGUGUCAUCAGCGACGUCUAUACUCGUCAGUUGGAAAGCGCCUGACGAGCCUAACGGAGAGAUAACGCAUUAUACCGUCUAUGUCAAGCCGGUAUCGGGAACAAGCGCAACCCAAAGUCACAUUGUAGCGUCACGAGGUUCCAAGGAAUUAUCAUUGGCGGUGGGGUCUCUGACAGCACGAGCACGAUAUGAAGUAUGGGCAAGAGCUCACGCCACUCCAGGAGCAGGGGCACCUUCGCGGACGCAGCACAUCUUGUUGUCUGAUAGAGUGGUUGCCGGAGUAGCGUCUUUGGGAGGCCCGGUGUCAGUAGGCGUGGGUCGGUCGGUGCUGCUGGUGUGCCAGUGCGUGGGUGCACCGCCGCCGCGCACCGUGUGGUACCACCAGCACAACAUCAUCACGCACCACCCGCGCUUCACCAGGAACCAUGACGAUAGUCUGCUGAUUAACAAUAUCGACCAGUCGUUAAGUGGUAACUACACGUGCCUAGCAAAGAAUCUGUAUGGUUCAGAUUCCGUUUCCUAUGAGGUUACAGUUCUGCCUACCCCAGAACCGCCAAGCUUGAGGGUGACACCGCACAAAAAUGCCUUGCAGUUACAAUGGGAUCCACCUAGAAAGAUAGGAGGGAAGAUACAGAAAAUUAGUUACAACUUAACCUGGAAAGAAUCCAACGGUUCCUGGCAAGACGCAUGGGCGAGUAAAGGAACUUCAUUACAGCAGGCUCAUGAGUACACCCUCCAAGGUCUGAAGUGCGGCACCAAGUACUCCAUCCGGAUGACCGCUGCAAACUCAGUUGGUGCGUCACAGCCAGCGUAUGUUGAUGCUGCUACGUUGGGGGGAGUUCCAGUAGCACCAACGAGCACAGAAUGGUUCUGGAGCAACGCGUCCCAUGUUUACGUACAACUUAGCGGUUGGCAUGACAACGGCUGUGAGAUCACAACUGUUGGAGUCGACUACCGUGAAUACGGAGCUAAGGUGUGGAAGAAGGCGGAUAAUCGACUCACUCAGCAAGCCCACCAAUGGGGCCACUAUCCGUCUGCGAUAAUCAGCCAGCCGAAUUCCUUCGUCAUCGCUGACUUAGCACCGGCCCAGUGGUAUCAAAUACGAGUCACUGCUGAGAAUUCAGCUGGAGUGUCAACUUCACUGUAUAAUUAUGCUACAACCACGAUAAUGGGAGAGGCAAUAGGUCCCCCGUCAGAUUUCCUAGACUUGAAUAUGCUGGUCAUCAUCUGCAGCUCUAUACUCCUCAUGGUGUGUUCCAUAACCUGCGUUUACAUUCUAGUCAAGAGGCACAGUCACCAGCAUCUAACAGAAUAUAGAAAUUCCCUGACUGGCGAGUGCAAGUCUGAACGCAGCAACGUGACGGCAAACACGCCGCAAAGUGCUCCUGGAGACACCAACAAUCGUGUCUACAGCACGCCAGUACAUCUCACUGCUGACAACAAACAUGAAUUAUACGAGAUAAGUCCAUACGCGCAGUUCGCGAUAGGAUUCAGGACGUUCGGCCACGUGGACAACCAGGAGGUGCCGAACAGAGUCCAUCAACCUGGGAACAGUAAAACUAGAUAUGAUAGCGAAACAAGUUUCCAAAUGAGAUCGGAGUCCGAAGAGAGUGACUGCGUCUCGCGAACAACUACUUUGAAAAGUGCCCCUAGAAAAACUUGCAGAAUCCCACAUCAUCGGUAGCUGAUGGAAAACUUUUAAAUGGUUGUGUUCAAUGUUUUUCUUUAAUAAUAAACUUAGUGCAUUUAUCAGCUAUUUACAAAAAUAUGAUGUAAUUGUGUAAUAUUGUAACUACGUUUAAUAUCGUAGUUGGGUAAGUUCGGAUCGGGUGAAGAGCGCUAAGCCGAAAUUACUGCUAAACUCUAAAUCCUAACUAAUACUACUUUAGUAGCCCUUGAAUUGUGGUUCAUCUCCAAACAGCAUUUAGCUGUGUCGACCGAGGUAGUAAAUGUCGCGUUUAUUAGUAAAUUUCAUUAACGGUCUUAUUCCUUAUCCGAACUUACCCCAAUAUACGUAUUAAGGCUUUCAGCUAGAAAUUAUGAUGGUACAGGUCUUGACAGUAAAUGACUUGAAAAGAGGGUAACCAUUUGUUCACAUUAUUGAAAAUAGCUGAUAAAUCAACUAUAUUUGAGUAUUUUUCGGAAUAUAAGAUAAUUUGAUCUCAAUAAUUAUUUACUCACCCAUUCCAUUUUAAUGACCUAUGAUUAUUUGUGAACAAAGGAAUUUAAUGAUUUCGAAGUUAUUAUAAAUUUUAUGUUUGUUUAGUCCAGUUUACUUUCUAAGGAACUGUAUUUUCAUCGAUUUUCGUAAUAUUUUUAAUUUUUCAACUUAACAUUUGAAGUCAUCUUUGGUUUUAAACUCAAAGAUGUCGAUGCUCGCCUGAUCACAUUUGUUGCAAAUAAAUUUGCAGAUAUAAAGUGUCUUAAAAUGGCGGUAAAUUAAUUAGACAACAGUAGACAUAAAGACGAAAAAAAGUAAGAGUGUCAGAAAAAUGAUUUGAAAAAUCAUCGUCUUCAAUUGACUUUUGAAAAUAUGUGCCGAAAUAGAAAUAUUACAAGUGAAAAACAAUACGACAAAGUCAGUGUUAGAACAGUUUUUUUUUUGGUGAUCUGCCCUGGUUAUCACCGGGGGUA